UGCCCGGCUGGUUUUUUCUAUAGGGCCUCCCAAUCUACAUGGGGCAGGGCUUAGCUGACAACUUUCAGCCUAUCGGGUGACAGGUGGUCACUACAACACUAUCUUGGAAGUACAGUUGAUGUUUAUUGUUUAAAGAGGUACCAGUAGUAUUCUCUUCAACACAAUAUUGACAUAGAGCAGAUCAUCCGUUCAGCAUCAGUCAUGAAGAUUGCAUCUUUCAACAUCCAGCGGUUUGGGAAGCACAAGCUUUCUGACCCACAGAUCCUUGCUAUUCUUGUGAAGAUUGUGUCUCGCUAUGACAUGCUAGUGGUUUUGGAGGUGGUGGAUGCGAAUGGGUCUGCUGUGAAAAAGUUCCUGGAGGAAUUAAAUAAGGCAAAUAAAGAACAUCGGUACACUAUGCAAGUCAGCCCUCGUCUGGGGAGAGACACUUACAAAGAGCAGUAUUUGUUUCUGUACAGGGAAAACAUGGUGGAACUGGUUGGUUCGUGGCAGUAUGAGGACAAACAGCCAGGAGAUGAGGAUGCCUUCGCCAGAGAACCAUUCAUUCUUCGCUUUAAAUGUCUUUACACUGUGUUAGAAGACUUGGUAAUGAUCCCAGUCCACACCAAGCCUGAGGACUCAGUAAAGGAGCUGGACGAGCUUUAUGAUGUCUUCCUGGAAGUGAAGAAGAAAUGGAAGACAGAUAACGUAAUGUUCCUGGGUGACUUCAAUGCAGACGGGUCCUACGUUUCUGCCAAAAGAAUGAAAACCAUACGCAUCCGCAGUGAUAAACAUUUCCACUGGCUGAUUGCGGAUGACGUGGACACAACAGCCAACAACAGCAAUGACAACACGUAUGACAGGAUUGUGGUCUAUGGGGAUGACAUGCUUGAUGCCGUGGUGCCAAACUCUGCCAAACCAUUCAACUUCCAAAACGCAUAUGGACUUAAUGACACAGAUACCUUGAAAGUGAGCGAUCAUUACCCUGUCGAGGUAGUGUUGAAAAACAAACCAACUAAAUAGAGUUCAGGUAGUGACCCACCAAACCCUGCACAUGAACAAGUCGAUGAAGGGACUGUGCAGAAAGGACACGAGGACACCAUCUAGAAUUAAAACUGAAUAGGAGAAGUUGAAUUUAGAGAUCCAGGUGAAGAAUGCCUUUAACCAGUCUUGGAAAGUGACAAUGAACUGUUAAACAUUUUGCAUUUACUAGGCACAUGUAGUCAUGUACUAUUUGUCACGUUUGACUGUAGUGUGGCUAUUGAUGACUUGUAAUGGGCGUAAUGCAAGUGUUUUGAAAACCCCAAUAAUGAUUAUGGAGUGAAAAUAUAACAGUAGUUACAAACUU